AUGUUAUUGUGGUUAAAACAAUGCCAUUUAUCUAACACACAAAAAUUUGAAACCAAUCCUUUUUUUUCAACUCUAUUUGCUUGGCGACCUGACGCGUUAGAGAUUGACAGAUCAGAUCGGAAAUAUAUCGAUCAGAUCACUUUAAAAAAUUAUUUUAUUAAUCAAGGAAGACGUGUUGCAAUAAUUAUUUUAAAAUAUAUUAUUUUUGAUUUUAUAUGCGAAUGGGCUGAAGCUUACCAACCAAUUGUCCCAGAUAGAUUUUAUGUGCUUCGAUUUAUUGAUUAUUUUUUUACAGGAAAACCAUUUAUUACACCAUUUUAUUUAUUUUAUCAUUAUGCCUUGGCAGUAAUGUUAUAUAUUUAUAUUUCUUUGUUUUAUGACUUUUUUUUGUUUUGCUAUGGUCUAUUAUUGCUCCCGUUGCUUCAAAUCAAUCAAUCUACUCAGAACUCGAUCGAUAAAGUCUCCGAAUCUCAACAUAAAUUUCAACUCUUUAAACCAUCAACUAUAAAAGGAAUUAAAGAGUGGUUGAUCAUUUUGUUAUUCUAUACGAAAGUUCCAAUGAAUUUACCUUUCAUGUCAACGAGUCCUCGAGAUUUUUGGUCGAAGCGUUGGCAUUCUGUACUUAGGGAAAUUUUUCUAUACUUAGGCUAUGUUCCCACCAAAAAUCUUUUUGGUAAUCAUAAAAAAAUUGGAAAUAUUUUUGGAACAUUUUCGGCUUUUUUUGUUAGUGGAUUAUUGCAUGAAUACAUAGUUUAUUGUAUGUGGGGUGCUAGACCAGGUGAACAAAUGAUUUUCUUUUUGUUUCAUAGUAUUUUGUUUAUCCUUUGGGAAAUUGUUGAAGGGUUGUUAAUUGGAAAUAGAACAGUCUCACAUAAAGCAGAAAAUAAUUGGGGAAGAUGGUUAUUUAAAUUGUUGUUAUUUAAUAUUAUCGGAGUCUUCACUAUUCCAUCAUUUAUGGAACCUUAUCUCCGUAAUGAGUCUUUCUCUUGUGUAAUGCGGUUUGGAUUGUUUCAUAAUACUGUAAAAUGUGAUUAA